CCCAGCCCCGCCAGCACCGCUACCUCCGCCAGCAGUGCCACCAUCAGCACCACCUCCGCCGCCGCCACCGCCGCCGCCGCCGCCACCACCGCCAGCGGCGGCAGCAGCAGCCAUUUCAUCUCCGCAGAAAACCAGACACAAAAACAUGGCAGAAAUGGAGAAAGAGGGGCGACCUCCGGAAAAUAAACGGAGCAGGAAGCCGGCUCACCCCGUCAAGAGGGAGAUCAACGAGGAAAUGAAGAACUUUGCCGAAAACACCAUGAAUGAACUCCUUGGCUGGUAUGGCUAUGAUAAGGUUGAAUUGAAAGAUGGUGAAGAUAUUGAAUUCAGGAGCUACCCUACAGAUGGAGAGAGCCGGCAGCACAUUUCUGUUCUCAAAGAAAAUUCUUUGCCAAAACCAAAAUUACCUGAGGACAGUGUUAUUUCACCCUACAAUAUAAGCACAGGCUAUUCAGGGCUUGCCACAGGAAAUGGACUCAGUGACUCACCGGCAGGGUCAAAGGAUCAUGGCAAUGUGCCCAUUAUUGUACCUUUAAUUCCACCACCUUUUAUAAAGCCACCAGCAGAAGAUGAUGUGUCAAAUGUUCAAAUAAUGUGUGCCUGGUGCCAGAAAGUGGGAAUCAAGCGCUAUUCCCUGAGUAUGGGAAGCGAGGUGAAAAGCUUCUGCAGCGAGAAGUGCUUUGCGGCCUGCCGACGAGCCUACUUCAAGAGAAAUAAGGCUAGAGAUGAAGAUGGACAUGCUGAAAAUUUUCCCCAGCAGCACUAUGCUAAGGAAACUCCAAGGCUUGCCUUCAAGAAUAACUGCGAACUACUUGUAUGUGACUGGUGUAAGCACAUAAGACACACAAAAGAAUACCUGGAUUUUGGGGACGGGGAAAGAAGGCUUCAGUUCUGCAGUGCAAAAUGUCUCAAUCAAUACAAAAUGGACAUUUUCUACAAAGAGACACAGGCCAAUCUUCCAGCUGGGCUGUGUAGCACAUUACACCCUCCCCUGGAAAAUAAAGCAGAAGGCACCGGGGUGCAGCUGCUCACUCCAGACUCUUGGAAUAUCCCCCUAGCAGAUGCUCGGAGAAAGGCCCCCUCCCCGGUGGCUGCAGCUGGCCAAAGCCAGGGCCCUGGCCCAUCCGCGUCCACCACUGUCUCUCCAUCUGACACUGCCAACUGCUCUGUCACUAAAAUCCCCACACCAGUGCCCAAGUCCAUGUCCAUCGGCGAGACUCCAAACAUCCCUCCGGUCUCCGUCCAGCCUCCUGCCAGCAUCGGACCCCCGCUGGGCGUCCCGCCACGCAGUCCACCCAUGGUGAUGACCAACCGCGGCCCCGUGCCGCUGCCCAUCUUCAUGGAACAGCAGAUUAUGCAGCAGAUCCGCCCGCCCUUCAUCCGGGGGCCACCGCACCAUGCCUCCAACCCCAACAGCCCCCUGUCCAACCCCAUGCUCCCUGGCAUCGGGCCCCCGCCCGGCGGCCCCCGGAACCUGGGCCCCACUUCCAGCCCUAUGCACCGACCCAUGCUGUCGCCCCACAUCCACCCUCCCAGCACCCCGACCCUUCCUGGGAACCCCCCGGGCCUGCUGCCCCCGCCACCCCCGGGGGCCCCAUUGCCCAGUCUCCCCUUCCCGCCCGUGAGCAUGAUGCCCAAUGGCCCGAUGCCCGUCCCCCAGAUGAUGAAUUUCGGGCUGCCGUCGCUCGCCCCGCUGGUGCCACCGCCCACCUUGCUCGUGCCAUACCCAGUGAUCGUGCCCCUGCCCGUGCCCAUCCCCAUCCCCAUCCCGAUCCCCCACGUCAAUGACUCCAAGCCCCCCAACGGCUUCUCCAGCAACGGGGAGAACUUCAUUCCGAGCGCCCCCGGCGACCCCUCGGGUGCGGCAGCGGGGGGCAAAGCGGGCGGACACUCAGUGUCCGCACGGGACUCCAAGCAGGGCUCGUCUAAGUCCUCGGACUCGCCGCCGGGCUGCUCGGGCCAGGCCCUGAGCCUGGCAGCGGCGCCUGUUGAACUCGGGCGCGGCAGCGGCGGUGGCGGCGGCGGCGAGGUGGUGGACCUGACGCGGCGCGCCGGCAGCAGCCCCCCGAGCUCGGGCGGCCCGCCCGGCUUCCCCGGCGUGCUGCAGGGCCCGCAGGACGGGGUCAUCGACCUGACGCUGGGCCACCGCGCGCGGCUGCACAACGUGAUCCACCGCGCGCUGCACGCGCACGUCAAGGCCGAGCGGGAGCCGGGCGCCGCGGAGCGCAGGACCUGCGGCGGCUGCCGGGACGGCCACUGCAGCCCCCCUGCGGCCGGCGACCCUGGCCCCGGCGCUCCCGCCGGUCCCGAGGCCGCCGCCGCCUGCAACGUCAUCGUGAACGGCAUGCGGGGCGCCGCCGAGGGCGCCAAGGGCGCCGAGCCGCCCCCCGAGCAGCCCCCCGCGCCGCCACCGCCGCCGCCGCCACCCGCGCCCCCCAAGAAGCUGCUGUCGCCCGACGAGCCGGCGGUGAGCGAGCUGGAGUCGGUCAAGGAGAACAACUGUGCUUCCAACUGCCACCUGGACGGGGAGGCGGCCAAGAAGCUGAUGGGGGAGGAGGCCCUGGCGGGCGGCGACAAGUCGGACCCGAACCUGAACAACCCCGCGGACGAGGACCACGCAUACGCUCUGCGCAUGCUGCCCAAGACGGGCUGCGUGAUCCAGCCUGUGCCAAAGCCCGCCGAGAAGACGGCCAUGGCGCCCUGCAUCAUCCCCGCACCCAUCCUCAGCGCCGGCCCCGAGGACCUGGAGCCUCCGCUCAAAAGGAGGUGCCUCCGGAUUAGAAAUCAGAAUAAGUAAUAAAAAGAGAGAAAGAAAAAAAGAAAGAAGGAAGAAAAAAAAAGGAACACUCACCCCCAGGGUACCUUGCAUGGAGAGAGGGCGCAGGCUCACCAUGUCACGCCAGCCUGUGACGCCAGCUGGUCAGCUCACCACCCCCCUGGCGAACACUCCAGCAAACCCAGCCGCUUCCUGUCAUUAAGCAUCUCCGAGGAAGCGGCCCUCCCGAGGUGGCCGCCAGCCCAGAGAAGCCAGCAUGUCUUGGACCCACCCAGCGGGCCUCGCCCUCCUGCUGCCACCAUUGCUACUUCUCCCUGGGGACCGUGAGGACAGCGCCUCUGGACUGGACAGAGCCCCGACUUGUCCCGAGGACCAAGGGAGGGAGCCUCCCUGCCCCACCCCCGCCCCUCUGACGACGGGAAGGCCGGAAGAGGAGAUGGAUUAGAAGACAAAAAUCCUUUUUUUUUUUUUUUUUUAAAUCUUUUAAAAAACUGCUGUGGUUUUGCUGCUACCCUAAGAACGGUGAUUGGCAUUGUACGGUGUGGGACCUGGUACUGUCCGUUCGUUCACGUGUCGACGACGGAGCGGGGACCAUUCUGGAGUCCCCACGCUUCAGACUUGUCUCUGUCCCUGCCCAGGAUGCACUUUUAAAGGAAGAGUUAGAAUAUUUUAUUGGCUGAUAAACCUUUUCUUGUUAUUUUUACAAAGGCCACCUUUGUCCAUUUUUUUUUCUCAAUGCCAUAUUUUCAGUGUUACACUUUUAUGGCUUUUAAUUUUCGAUUUGACAGAUGUAAGAAGCAGCAUGAAUAGUUUAUACUGUGGUUUUUCAGAGACUGAAUGCCAAGAGAACUCGGUAAAUGUUUAUUCUUCUCAGCUUUCUCUUUAAAUUCCCCUAAAUAGCGCCCCAUUUGGGAACAGGGCAAGAGUGUUGAACUGAAGACCAAAAUGCCCUCAAGGUGUAAAACAAUCCGAGGGGGAAUAUUUGCUGGGCGUCACGAAAGCCUUGGAUGAAAUUUCAGCCCUGAUGGUUUUCGGCGAUGCAGGAAGUCAGUCGGGAAACGACCUCUCUAUAGGCAGAGCCCUUUGGUGAUAAUGGGAAUGGUAUGGACAGACCAAUGAAAACAAGAGGGAAAGUGAGAACCAUGGGCUGUGAUUCUGUUUCACUGUUUGCUUUCUCCUGUCAUGGUUAAGAGAAAUGUGCAAUUCGAUCCUCAAUCAGUGGGUGGAGGAUAACAGGGUAGAUUUUCUUGUGUGCACUUGUACAGUUGUAGCUGCGAGUCGAGUCCUCUAGAGCAUGUGUCCUGGCACUGAGUUGGUGAGACAGUUGUGGAGUGUCCCAUCCUGAUGAGUACAGAAAAAAAGAGAAAAAAAAAAGAAAAAAAAAGGAAGAAAAGGAAAAAAAAAGAGAAAAAAAUUCCCCCAAAAGAAAACUUAAAAAAAAAAAUUCAAAUCACCUUGUGAUUCAGUGUAUCUGUUUACUAACUCCGAUAAAGCAAUUGUUCCCUCUGGAGGGGUCCAGGGCACUUGCCCAGCAAGGCCACGGAACCAGCAGCAGGAGGGGUGGGGCUGGUGGCAGGUGGGCGAGGGUGCCCAGCAGACCCCUGGAUACGGUGUACAUACUGUAUUUCUAUAUUAUCCUUUGUACAGAGUCACUUACCAAGUCAAGCUACUGUUUUACAGGUGCUCCUUAUUUAUUAGAGCCGUGAAAGCUUGGGGGACACACCUGGCGAGCGAGCUCGCUUUUUAAAAAAAAAAAGAAAAAGAAAUUGGGGGGACAGGGCAAGGGAGGUGGGAGGGAGGGAAAGCUCGCAAGCCCCGGGAGAGAUUUAUAAAAGUGAACAAAAAAGGAAAACUUCCAGCCACAAAUUGAACCCACUCCCACCCCCAAACCCUCCCCUGCAGGAAGCAGAGGCCCCACCUCUGGGGACUCCUUUCCCUGUGGGGGCUCCCAACAUUCUCCUCUCCUUGACCGGUGUCAGAUUCAUCAAACAAAAAUAAAUCUCGAAGGAAAAAAAAAAUGCACUUGCA